AGAUGUUUUUCCAACGCGCCUUCGUUAAAACAUGCCGUGGAUCCAUUUUUGAAGAAUAUAUAAUACCGACACGGCUUUAUCCUUUGUGCAAAUAUACGCCUCCAACAGUACAAAUAGCGUGUGUUAGCUGCGGCAGUAUCGUUUGUGCAUGAUGCAGCUGGUGCGCUAGAAGUGUUUGUAAAGUAAUUCGUCCCCACAUUGGAAUAGCGGAGCGCUGCAUAUUGCUAUCGGCGGAGGCACCCUCCGAUCUGAUCAAACCGCACACGUACGCCACGAAGCAAAAAGCGAAAGGAAUAGAAAAGAAAAAGAAACAAAAUGAACCACACGAAAAGCCGGGGGACGAGGGUCCCGCUGAAGGAAGAAACAACGUCCUACCGGGCGUACCUUGCGCUGGGACUGUUUCUUGUGAUUUUGUUCCUCUCCUUCCCGACCCUUUGCGGUGCCCACGGACAGCACGCUCACGAACACGAUCAUCUUCACGAUGAGCAUGAUCAUCAUCAUCAUCAUCAUCAUCAUCACGAAAGUCCCAGUUUUAAGUAUUCGAAGCAUGCUAACGAGGUGUACGAAGAGGAACCGGUCCCGGCAGUUCCACAUCAUCACCACCACCACCAUCAUCAUGAUGGUGGAGAUGCGGGCCAUGAUCAUCAUCAUCAUGGCGGUCACCAUCAACAUCAUCAUCAUCAUCACCACGAAAAGUCAACAAGUGAUAGUAAAGCACCGAGAGAUACGUUCUACAUCUGGGUGCAUUCGUUGGGUUCAACUUUAUUGAUUAGUGCGGCACCGUUUUUCAUUCUGUUUGCCAUCCCGCUGGACAAUACGGAAGAGAUGCAGCCCCGGCUGAAAACGCUACUUGCCUUUGCUUCGGGCGGCCUGCUGGGAGAUGCUUUCCUGCACCUGAUUCCGCACGCCAUCCAGCCCCAUUCGCACGGGGACGAUCAUUCGCAUGGUCACUCGCACGGUCACUCGCAUGGCCAUGGAGAGGCGGACGGUCACGAAAGCCAUGGGCAUGAUAUGCGCGUCGGGUUGUGGGUUUUGGCCGGCAUCAUUGUGUUUUUGGCGGUGGAAAAGUUUGUCCGAUUGAUUAAGGGAGAUACGGGCCAUGGGCAUGGUCACGGCCACAGCCACGGAGGUGCAAAGCCUGCCGUACAGCCAAAGCCUGCCAAAAGCUCCCCACCACCGUCCCCAACGGAAGGUAAGAAGGACAAAAAGGACAAGAAAGACAAGAAGGAUAAGAACGAUAAGAAACAAGAAGCGGAAGUACCAACCAAGUCGAAAAAGGAGGAAGCAAAAGCAAAGGGCAAAGCUGUCCGUAAAGAGCCGAAGAAGGAGAACAUUCAGAUUGCCGGCUACCUUAACCUGGCCGCCGAUUUCACGCACAAUUUCACCGACGGGCUUGCGAUCGGUGCGUCCUAUCUGGCGGGAAAUAGCAUCGGUCUCAUCACGACAAUUACCAUCCUGCUGCACGAGGUGCCGCACGAAAUCGGUGACUUUGCGAUCCUGAUCAAGUCGGGCUGCUCGAAGAAGAAGGCGAUGCUGUUGCAGCUGACGACGGCGGUCGGUGCGCUGGCCGGUACCGUCCUUGCCCUGCUGGGCAGUGGGAGCGAUGCGGCCGAGUCGUGGGUGCUGCCGUUCACGGCCGGUGGUUUCAUCUACAUUGCGACCGUGUCGGUGAUACCGGAGCUGCUGGAAGAGUCGACCAAGCUGUGGCAGUCGCUGAAGGAAAUUACGGCCCUGCUGGCCGGUGUGGGCAUGAUGGUAAUUAUUGCAAAGUUUGAAUAGAGAGUCAACGCUGGGUGAUGGAGCGGUGCGCGUGGAGCGUUGGCUGCCGUCUUUUCUUCCUGUCUGUACCUUCGUCGUCUCUACUACAACUUCGUAUUGCGUACGUAUUUGAUUUCCUGUGCAUUUGUAGCGAUUUUAGAAUUAGUUAAAAGGGGGAAAGAAAAGCUUGUUCUCAAGUGCUGUUAAAUGUUAGCUUAGAUGUUCUGUUGGAAAUAUUUGUGUAAUACGUGUUGCAUGCUCGUGCUACUGUCUAUAGUUUUGAAACCUUAACGUUGUGUUGCGUCGUUCCUUUUGCUCUCGAUUGUGUGAGAGAAAGUCAGGGCCAAUGUGACUGCGAACAUUACAACUUCAGCGCCACCGACAGUGCAGCGACAUUGUUUUCACAACAACUCUUAGCUAGGUAAACAACAUACAAUUGCUUCGUACUUUGGUUGCGUGUUAAGUUUACACAACUCACGAAAAUAUAUAAAAAAAUAAGUGUAAGGAAAAGAGAGCAAUAAUUACUGUAUAAUUACGAGAACAGUGAUAAGAAUAAAUUUUGUCGGAAGCCCAGUAAAA